AUGGGUCGCUUGGACUCAAAGAUAGAUUCCUUGGAAGACAGCAAGCGACGAACCUGGGGAGGCAAGUUGGAAUUCAUCAUUACAUGUGUCGGCUAUGCUGUUGGCCUGGGAUCAGUAUGGCGCUUUCCGUAUCUGUGUUACAGGAACGGUGGAGGCGCGUUUUUGAUACCAUAUUGCGUCAGUUUGGCCUUGGUUGGCCUUCCGUUAUUCUUUAUGGAGCUAUGUUUCGGCCAGUUUGCCAGUCUUGGCCCUAUCACUAUUUGGAAAAUUAGUCCAUUGUUCAAAGGUAUUGGCUAUGGGAUGAUGAUGAUUUCUUUGUUCAUUGCACUUUACUACAACGUUAUAAUUGCCUACAUCCUUCACUACCUCUUCGCCUCAAUGACUGCUAAUUUGCCGUGGUCUGCUUGUGGGAAUACGUGGAAUACUGAUGCAUGUUUAGUAGGUAAGCGAAUAUAUACUGUAUCGUUCAUCUCCGCUUCACCAAGUGAGGAGUAUUUCUACCGUAAAGUCCUGGAAAUGACGGAUGGGAUAGAGAAUUUAGGGGGUCUCAAAUGGGACCUUUCCCUGUGUCUUCUGCUGGCCUGGCUGAUUGUGUUCCUGGUCUUGAUUAAGGGAAUAAAGUCCCUGGGAAAGGCUGUUUAUUUUACUGCCCUUUUCCCUCAUGUCAUCUUGGCCAUUCUCCUUGUACGUGGUGUUUUACUGGAAGGAUCCGCAGAAGGCAUUAAGUAUUAUCUGACGCCUGAUUUUAAUCGGCUUCUAGACUCUGAGGUGUGGAGUGACGCAGUCGUUCAGAAUUUUUACUCGCUCAGCGUAUCUUUGGGAGGCCUGAUAGCGAUGUCAAGCUACAACAAAUUCCACAACAACUGCUUCAGGGACGCGCUAAUUUGUUCCCUUAUGAACUUCGGGACUAGCGUUUAUGCUGGAUUGGUCAUCUUCUCUGUACUUGGCUACAUGGCGCAUAUAUCUGGGAAAGAUGUGGCUGAUGUUGCUAGUCAAGGCCCUGGUCUUGCCUUCAUCGUGUAUCCAGAGGCCAUAUCCCAGAUGCCGUUACCGACUCUGUGGGCCAUUCUGUUCUUCUCCAUGAUGCUGUUACUAGGAUUCAGCGCACAGUUUUCCAUGGCUGAGACCGUUUUGAGCAGUAUAAUGGACGAAUAUCCGCAUAUUCUACGUGUUAGUAAAUGGAGGGAAACCAUCAUGCGGGGCGUCGUGUGCGGAGUGUGUUUUCUGCUCGGCCUGCCGAUGUGUGCAAGGGGUGGCCACUAUCUAUUAGACCUAAUGGAUCACAGUGUUGGAGGGUUUCCGUUGCUGUUUGUUAGUUUAUUUGAAUGCGCAAUACUGCAGUGGGUGUAUGGAUGGUCCAGGUUUUCUGAGGACGUGAAAAUAAUGCUUGGCAAGAAGCCUGGUAUCUACUUUCGGAUCACUUGGUGCUGUUUAUCGCCACUUCUUAUGUUGGCUGUCAUAGUAUUCAAAUUCAUUCAGCUGAAGCCAUACAUGUAUCAUGGCUAUACAUUCCCUGUAUGGGCUCAGGCCAUAGGAUGGGUAAUUGCCUUGACCCCCGUCGUCCUCAUCCCUGCCUGGUUCCUGGGAAGAUACUGCUACGAUGGCGGCUUCCAGACCUUAAAGAGAGCUGGUUCACCGCAAGCUGACUGGGGACCUGCACGUGCAGAAGACCGCGCCGGGACAAUCUACGACACGGAUUCCAAGGCAAAAACUUUCCAUGUCAACGGUACAUCCAACCCCGCCUUUGAUCAAUACUCAUACGAGUAG